AAAAAAAAAAAAAAAAAAAAAAAAAAAAAAGACAAGGGCAUUUUUUUUUUUACUCUCAUUUUUUCACUUUUCUUUUCUUUUCUUACAAACUUCCCAAUGCUCUCCAGUAUUUCAACUGUUCGACUCAGUGCCUUGAAGGCUAGUGGUCUUCGAGCCAUGAAUUACUCUACUAUAGGAAAGCGUAUCAAGGUGGACAAUCCUGUGGUAGAUUUAGACGGUGAUGAAAUGACACGUAUUAUCUGGUCUGAUAUUAAGGAAAAACUUAUUCACCCUUAUUUGGAUUUGGAUAUCAAGUAUUAUGAUUUGGGUAUGGAAAGUCGUGAUGCUACUGAUGACCAAAUUACCAUUGACGCAGCUGAAGCUAUUAAGAAAUACAAUGUUGGUAUCAAGUGUGCUACCAUUACACCUGAUGAAGCCCGUGUCAAAGAAUUCAAUUUGAAGAAAAUGUGGAGAUCUCCCAAUGGUACUAUUCGUAACAUUUUGAACGGUACUGUGUUCCGUGAACCCAUCAUUAUGACCAAUAUUCCUCGUAUUGUCCCUGGUUGGAAGGAACCUAUUGUGAUUGGUCGUCAUGCUUUUGGUGAUCAAUAUCGAUCUACUGAUUUUGUGACUGAUAAGGCUGGAUCAUUUGAAAUGACUUUUACUCCUGCAGAUGGUAGUGCCCCACAACAAUUCAAGAUUUAUGACUUUCCUGCUAAUGGUGGUGUAGGACUUGCUAUGUAUAACACCAAUGACUCAAUUCGUGGUUUUGCUCAUAGUUGUUUCCAAAUGGCUCUUUCCAAGAAGAUGCCUCUUUACAUGAGUACCAAGAAUACCAUUCUCAAGAAAUACGAUGGACGUUUCAAGGAUAUUUUCCAAGACAUUUAUGAACAAGAUUAUCGUAAAGAAUUUGAAAAUAAUAAUUUGUGGUAUGAACAUCGUUUGAUUGAUGAUAUGGUGGCACAAGCUUUGAAAUCUAAGGGUGGGUUUGUCUGGGCAUGUAAGAAUUAUGAUGGUGAUGUUCAAUCGGAUAUUCUGGCUCAAGGUUAUGGUUCUCUUGGUUUGAUGACAUCUGUUUUGGUUACUCCUGAUGGAAAAACAUUGGAAGCUGAAGCUGCCCAUGGUACUGUUACUCGACAUUAUCGUGAAUAUCAAAAGGGAAAUCCUACUUCCACCAAUCCUAUUGCUAGUAUCUUUGCUUGGUCUCGAGGAUUAGCUCAUCGUGCUAAAUUGGAUCAAAGUCAAGAAUUGGCCAAAUUUACCCAACAUCUGGAAUCAGCUUGUAUUAACACUGUCCAAAACGAUAGUAUCAUGACAAAGGAUUUGGCUUUGGCUAUUCAUGGACAAGAUCUUCGACCUGAACAUUAUGUGACUACUGAGGAAUUCAUGCAACAUGUUACAACCAAUCUUGACAAACUUCGAAAUUAGAUUAUGAACUUUAUAUAUUUUUAUUACUUCCAUUGUUGUUAUUUUUUUUUCACACCCCAAUUAGAUCUUCUAUUUUAUCCCCUCACUCUUUUUCCUCCAACAGCGCUUAGACGUCUUUUGUUUUUUUUUGUGGCACAUCAUGCGAUCAUGACUUCAAUAAAGUUUGUUUUUAGUUUUUUUUUUUUUUCUAUUAUAUAUCUAUAUAUAUA